AUGACGGCGAUGAAAAACAGAGUCCAGCAAUAUCUUCCGAUUCCCGAUCAGGCGACCUAUGACUACCGAAUAUGGAACGUCAUCACCGAAGGAGACUACGUCUUCAAAAAUGAGGAAGGUGAUGACAUACCAAUUGGGAAACUUCCCGAGACUGAUGCAAAGCUAGCACAACUGAACUUCAAGACCAAGAACUUCUUUUAUUGUGCUGUGAACGAUGAAGAGUACAACCGAAUCUGUGGAUGCAAAAUGGCUAAGGAGAUGUGGGAAAAGCUUCAGGUAACUUAUGAAGGAACAACCCAGGUAAAGAAAUCGAAAAUUUAUAUGUUGGUUAAAGAAUAUGAAAUGUUUAAAAUGGAAGAGGGUGAAAUAAUUACUGCUAUGUUUACUCAUUUUACACUUAUCACAAAUGGACUAAAAGCUCUUGGUAAAGAAUACUCUAUGGAAGAUAAUGUGCAGAAAGUCCUUUGCACUCUACCUGCAUCCUGGCAUGCCAAGUCCACAACAAUUGAAGAAGCGAAGGACCUAUCAAAGGUCACUCUUGACAAGCUGAUUGGGUCUCUCAUGACCUAUGAAAUCAAGAAGAAAAAUGCUACCACAGAAGCUGAAGCACCCAAGUAG